CGGAAAGAUAUCGAGCAGCGAACAAAAAUCUACCUCAUUAUGACACAAACCACACUUUAGUAAAGAUUCAAAUUCACCUUGGGCUCGAACCAUGUCCUUUCGACUAUACUCGCGAAAUGAGUUAUUUCCGGAUGGAAAAUGGUGGCGCUACCAAAGAAUUUGCUUUUCUCCUAUGCGGCAGCGAUAACCGGUACAAGAAGGGUCCGUGCCAUCUCUGGCACUCCGUCGGAGAAAAAGGAUCCAGACUAUUUUACGUGUUCCUUCAUUGUCGUUGGUGUGUCGAGCUUAUGGAGGAGGUUACGAAUACCAGUUGGAGAAGCAACAGUCCGUGUAAGCGAUCAAUUAUCCGCGGAGAAAAGGACAUCCGGGGCCACCUAGUCACUCAGUUCAUAACCAGUGUCGGUGCCUCAGUGGUUGGUUAGUAAAGGUUUCACACUAAAUUGAGCCGGAAGAUGUGCCCGUUAAAGAUCCGGAGAGUAUAGGCGGUUCUAACGGUGGACACCAUCCCGAACUCGUUGAAA